AUGGGUUCGAAUGCUAGUAUCAUGCUACAACAAGACGACAUUCAAAAUAUCUGUCAAGAGACAGGUUUUACAUCAAAACAAGUUCAACGUUUAUAUAGUCGUUUUAAAUCAUUGGAUAAACGUAAUUGUGGUUUUUUAACACGUGAAGAUUUACUAUGUAUACCAGAAGUUAGUAUAAAUCCACUUGGCGAAAGAUUAAUCGAUGUCAUUAUACAAGAUUUUGGUGAAGGCAAUAAAAUUAAUUUCAAACAAUUUGUUGUUCUAUUAGCAAGAUUUCGCCGUGGUAAAACGAAAAUAUCAAAUGAAUAUAAUACAAGAGAAAGUAAAUUAAGGUUUUUAUUUGAUAUGUAUGAUAGAAAUCAUGAUUUAAAAAUUGAUCGAAAUGAAUUACUUGAAGUAUUGAAGAUGAUGGUUGGUGAUGAACAAAUUGCAACAAUAGCCGAUCAUACAAUUGGCGAACUCGUAAGUACUAAUGGAUUCGAUUGUUUUUCGCAUAAUGUUUUAACGAAAAAAGAUGUAAACUUCAAUCAAGUGAGAUUUUGGUUUCUAAUGGUUCGAGCAAAUGAUAGUACAAAAGGUUCAAUCAGUCGCAUGAGACGAUUAUUUGGUUUUGAUUUUUCUGAUUUUCAAUCAUGGGAUUCUUUUUUGAAAUUAAUGAAUCGUCCGGAAGAUCCAAGUUCUCUAGCCGUGUUAAGAAUUUUGUUUGGUAUUCUUAUGAUGCUUGACAUUCCUCAAGAACGUGGAAUGUCUCAUGCUGACAUUUAUUAUCCAAAUGAAGAUACAGAAUGUCAAUUUCCAUUGUUUAAUUUUUUAAAACCAUUCAGGGCUGAAUAUAUGGUACUUGUUUAUUUCAUCAUGUUUAUAGGAGCUGUUGGUAUUACUCUUGGUUUAUUCUAUCGUUUAUCAACAAUAUUAUUCACAAUUCCGUAUUGGUACAUAUUUUUCUUAGACAAAACAUCAUGGAAUAAUCAUUCCUAUUUAUACGGUUUAAUUGGUUUUCAACUGAUGUCACUAGACGGUCUAUUUCGAAAGAAAAUACGUGAUUCACAUGUUCCACUAUGGAAUUAUACAAUUAUUCGUUUUCAAAUUUUUAUUGUUUAUUUUAUUGCUGGUUUAAAAAAAACUGACUUAGAUUGGGUAACUGGUUAUUCAAUGGAUACGUUAGGUACACAUUGGGUAUUUUCACCAUUUAGAUCAUUUAUGACAGUUGAACAAAUAACAUUAAUACUCGUUCAUGUGUGUGGUCUCAUAUUUGAUUUAUUUAUUGGUUUUGUUUUAUUUUUUGAUCGAUCACGUUCAAUAGGAAUAUUCUUUUGUGUUGCAUUUCAUUUAAUGAAUUCACAGUUAUUUAAUAUCGGUAUGUUUUCGUAUACGAUGCUUUGUACAAUACCGAUAUUUUUCCAUAACAACUGGCCAAGAAGAUUUAUAAGAAAUAACUUUCCAAAAUUUGUUUCAUCACUAUUUGUUAAAAGUGAUACGCCACAAUACAGUGAAUCAUGUUUAUAUUCAAAAGAUGACAUAAAAUCAGAAGAUCAAACAAGAACACAAUCAAAAUCGACAACUGUCAAUAGUUCUGUGAAAUACGCACAUACAAAACCAACGUUUCGUCAUAAGUUUUUUACAAUAAUCUCAGUAUUAUAUCUAAUGGAACAAUCAUUUUUACCUUAUUCACAUUUUAUAACAAAACUAAAUGAACAUGGCUAUGAUAAUAUUGAUUUAAAAUUUGAUAUUUGGCGAUCAAUGAACGGUAGAUUUAAUCAACGACAAGUUGAUCCACGCGUUGAUUUAUUGAACGAAGCAAAAUGGAGUCCAUUCAGUGAUACAUCUUGGCUAAAACCAUUAUUAACAAAUUUAUCCGAUUGGCGAACACGUAUGCAACAAAUUGAAAAUGAUUUAUCAAAUAAAAGUCAAGAUGUUUUAGUGACAUUUGUUGCCGAUUUUCCGGGUUUACAUUUGGAAAAUUUCAUUCCUUAUGACUUGAAUACAACAAUUGAAGUUUUAGAAGGAAAAAUAAUAGUGGAACAUAUUAGUGAGAAAAAAAAUAUGACGUUAGAUGUUGGUGAUAAAACAAUUGUACCUAAUGGGGAUUAUCACAACGUUUAUACAAUAUCUUCAAGUCCAUCAUGUUACAUGUAUGUUUAUAUUAAUCAAUCAGACGUUGAAAUUCUCACAUUAUGGGAUAAAUAUUAUAAUAUAAGCGAUAGACUACUCAAUGAUACCAUUGAUAGAAAUAAACCACAUUAUCCUGAAAUGGAAGAUGUUGAUCUGGUUCGAUUAUCGUACGAAAAUGUAUUUGAACAAAUUCGUGAUAAAACAUUACAUGAAUUAUUAAAUUUAUCCGAAGAUUAUUCGUUAAAUAAUAAUAAAACAACAAAUUGGACAACAAUACGUUCAUCAUUUGAGUCUAGUAUGAAUAAAUCAAUUGUUAAACGUUUAGAAUACAAAUUAAAUUGGAAAGAAAGAACGCAGAAACGAUUUAGAUCUUUUUUCAAUAAAAAAUUGAUACAAUUUAAACGAUGUUAUCAUAUAGUUGAACUUGCAUUUCGAAGUGUUUUUCUAAAAGAAGAUUUUUUUCAGUUGGUACAAGAUAAAUUUUAUAGUGACGAAGAUUUAAUUGAUGAUAAUGAAGCAGAAAUGACAACAUUAAAACCUACGAAAGUACAUGAUACAAAAAAGACAGCGGGAGAUAAAUCAGAUCGUCGUGAUUCAACAAAAUCAUCCUCAAAGAAGAAGAAAUAA